UCACAACAGCCAUUAGUUUAUGGUUUAGCAAAAGUUGAAGCUUGUUUUUCUUUUUACUAUAAAAAAAGAAAUAUUAUUGCGCAAAAAAAAAAGAAUAUAUAAGUUUUCAACAAAUUUAAUCGAAAAAGAAAUGCCGACUGUAAAAAAUCGACGACCCAAAGGGAGUGCAUUAUUGUGUUAUUAAUUUUUGAUACUCUUGCAUUAUUUAUAAUUACAAUUUUGCUAUAUCAGUAAUACAAAAAAAGACGAAAUUCGGAAAAAAAAUUUCUGUAAUGUAUAAAAAUAAAAUUGAGGAAAUGGAGGAAAAUUUGACAGGCGACGAAGAAACAUGUGAGGAAGGUAUUGAUGGUUAUGAAAAAUUUGUCACACACGAUGAUCAAGUUGACGAAGGUACAAUUGAAUAUCUCGAUAUGGACAUGGAAAUAAUACAGGAAGCCGAUGAUGAAUGUCAUCAAACAACAACAACAACAACAACGCCAGUUACAAUAAUUGAUACAAAUAAAUAUACACAAAAAAAACGACAACGCUCGAAAGAAACAAAAUCAAUUACAUUUGAAAAUAAAAUAACACCAAAUGAAUUAAAAUUACGUCCUAAAUAUCGACCAAUAAGACCAAAACCAAGUUCACAAUUAAAUUCCGUCACGCGAACAACAACAAAUAAAUUACAAAAUUUAACGCCAAUUGUGAAUUUUAAUACAACGCCAGGAUUUAUUGUCACUGCGCCAUCGUCAUCAUCAUCAUCAUCGACAUCAGCGGUGAUAAAAAAAGAAAAAGGACACGAAACAUAUGUUUCAGCGAAUUCAAUUGUUAAUAAUAGAGGGAUAACAUUAUCAAAAAUGAUGACAAAUGGCGCUGGUAUUGUUGGCAAUAAGGAUAAUAAUAAUUUAUUAUCAACAACAACAUUAUCAUCAAAUGAAUUACAAAAUGGUAAAGUAAAAUUGCGUAAUACACCAAAAAAUAGUGUGGAAUUAUUUUUUGAAAGUAUGGCAAAAACUGUUCUCAAUUUACCAACGCAUAUUCAAGCUGAGAUAAAAAUGGAAAUUUGUCGCGUUGUUACAAUGGCGGAAAUUAAAUAUUUAUCAGAGGAAGGAAAAAAUGUUAAAAAAGAUUGAUUAAAAUUAAUUUAAUUUGUAUAUUAUUACAGUAUAAAUUUAUUAUUAUUAUUAUGUAUAAAAAACAAAAACAAGAGACAAAAGAAAAAAAAAGGGAGUGAUUUGUUUUCUUUGUACAUAUUUUUAGUGAUUUUAAAAAAAUAUAUAUAUAUAUAUCUAUCUUUCGACAGUGA